AUGUUCGGAGCAACCAAGCCAGCGAGCGGUGGGUUAUUUGGAUCGUCGCUGAAUACAAAUACACAGCAACCGAACAGCGGACUCUUUGGCUCUACAGGAACGAACAACCAGCAGAACCAGCAGCAACAAGGCGGAAGUCUGUUCGGAAACUUGGGUCAGAGCACGCAACAAAACCAGAACCAGGCCACCGGAGGACUAUUUGGGAACUUGGGACAGAGUACGCAGAAUCAACAACAACAACAACAACAAGGUGGAGGACUGUUUGGCAACACAGCACAAAGCCAACCUCAGCAGACUGGUGGUCUAUUUGGCCAAUCUCAAAAUACUCAGCAGCAGCAAUCUGGUGGCCUUUUUGGAGGUGGACUAGGGCAGAAUCAAAAUAAUCAGCAACAACAAUCUGGCAGUCUCUUUGGUGGUGGACUGGCUCAAACCCAAAACAAUCAACAGCCGCAGCAAAGUGGUCUCUUUGGUAGCCUUGGUCAGAGCCAGAACCAGCCCCAGCAGAAUGGACUCUUCGGUCAAUCUUCGCAACAAAACAUUCCUCAGUUGGGCCAAGGUGCAUCAUUAUGGCAAGCAGCCAACAAUGCGAUAAAUCCUCGUGAAAAGAGUAUUCCAGACCAGAUGCAAACAGUACUUGAGAAAUGGGAUUCGGGCAAUCCAAACUGCGUUUUCAAGCAUUACUUCUAUAACAAAGUCGAUGACAAUAUGGCACCGUAUUACCGACCUGGCCCCAACGAGGAUCCAAAAGCGUGGGAGGAAGCUCUAUCGAAAAAGCCCGGUCCUGGAUACAUCCCGGUUCUCUGUACAGGGUUCAAUCAAAUGGGAGAGCGAAUUAAGCUUCAGCAACGUAACCUCUCAAACUUCAACACCCGACUGCACGAAAUCAACGCUUCGCUGACAAAGAUGAUGCAAGACCAUGAGACCAAGACGAGCAUUAGGACGAUAGAUGCGAGGAGAAAGCAUGUGGUAUUGAAGCAGCGUUGCUUGGCCUUGGCUACCAAAGUUCAGGUGCUCAGAAAUAGAGGUUAUGCAAUGGCUGGUGAUGAGGAGGAUUUGCGGACAAAGUUGUUGGCCCUGGAGAAGAACGUCACUGAUCCCGGACUGGGUGCGAGAGGAGAGGAGAUCUGGGCCAGGAUGCUUAUCGUGCAGGAUCGAGCACGUACAUUGCGAAAUGAGAUCGAGAAGGCCGGAACAGAAGCUCCAGAUGUGUUGGAUGAAGAUACGAGUAGACAAGCAAAAAAGGUAUUGGAGGAUUACAACACUCAACUGUCCCAUCUUAAGGGAGAGCUCGAGUCUAUAAACAAGGAGUUCGCGGACUGGCAGAAGGAGCAGGGAGGUCCCACCGCACCGAAAGCCAAGGAGACGAAGAAGAGUGAUACCCAGGCCAGAGGCCUUCAGUUCGUUUAG